UUUUACGACAUCUCUCGCCCAUUUCCGGCAUCCCGCCAUUUUGAAUCGCAGCAGAGCAGCGCGUUCACAUUCAACUGUUUGGUCUCCUCACACACGGCCUGCACAUCCGGAGCGUCACCGCCUUGAACGCACUGCUUUGUCGACUUCUGCCAGAGUUAAGUCGGUCCAGGAGACCUGCAUACAUCGUCCGCUUCUUCCUCUGGUUCAUGGUCUGACAUUUGGUGAAGACAGCGGAGGAGAGCAGGUGAAAGAUGACGCAGUUUUUACCCCCGAACCUGCUGGCCCUCUUUGCACCGCGGGACCCCAUCCCCUUCCUGCCUCAGCUGGAGAAGCUGCCCCACGAGAAACAUCACAACCAGCCCUACAGCGGCAUCGCGCCCUUCAUCAGGCAUUUCGAGGAUCCUAGAGAUGCCCCUCCACCAACAAGAGCAGAGACACGUGAUGAGCGGCUGGAGAGAAAGAGGCGAGAGAAGAUCGAGAGGAGGCAAACAGUAGUGGAGACAGAACUCAAGCUUUGGGACCCCCAUAACGACCCCAAUGCACAAGGGGAUGCCUUCAAGACAUUGUUUGUUGCACGAGUGAACUAUGAUACUACAGAGUCCAAGCUUCGUCGUGAGUUUGAGGUCUAUGGCCCCAUCAAACGGAUUUACAUAGUCUACAACAAGAGGACGGGGAAGCCUCGGGGCUAUGCAUUCAUUGAGUAUGAGCAUGAACGGGACAUGCACUCCGCCUACAAGCAUGCAGAUGGGAAGAAGAUUGACGGUAGACGGGUGCUGGUGGACGUGGAACGAGGACGCACCGUAAAAGGAUGGCAUCCUCGCAGGCUAGGUGGUGGAUUGGGUGGCACUAGGAGAGGUGGAGCCGAUGUCAACAUCAAGCACUCUGGCCGAGAUGAUGCAUCACGUUAUGAUGAUCGCCCCCUGGGAGUAGUUGAUCGGGAGCGCGGAGAGCGGGGAGAGCGGGCUGAGCGCGGAGAGCGCGGAGAACGGAGGGAGCGCAGCCGGGAGCGCGAACGGGACAACACCAACAACAAGGACAGAGAGCGCCGAAGGUCCCGAUCCCGCGAACGGCGCCGACGCACUCGUUCCCGAGAGAGGGAGAGGCCGAUUGGGGUAGGAGAGGACGGUGGCGGCGGUAGCCGGCGUCGAGAGCGAGAGAAGGACCGCGGGGGGGCAGCGGGAGGAGACAGCAGGAGUAGGGAGAGGAGUCGAGAACGGAAGAAAAGGAGCAGGAGCCGGGAUCGCAAGAGAGACAGGGAGAGAGGCAAGGGGCUGGACGGGGAGGAGGUCAGCCAGGGAGACGGGGCCCCCGAAGGCGGGGAGCGGAUGCUGGAGGAGAACGAGGGAGAAGUGGGUGAAGGAGGCGUGGAGGAGCGUAGAGACAGGGACAGAGAAAGGGAUAGGGACCGCAGGCGCAGCCACAGGGACAGAGACAGGCGCAGGGGAGACCGGGACAGAGACAGGGAGCACAAGAGGGAGCGGGGGGAGAGAGACAGGGGGGAACGCAGAGAGGAGCGCCACGGUUCCCUACGAGACGACAUGGGCCCCCAAGAUGACAUGGGCAACGAGGACGAGGGAGGUGCGCCGCCGCACAUGGAAGAGUACAGUCAGGACGGGAUGAUAGACCAGCAGUCGGUGCCAUCGGCUGACGGCUACGUCUCCAGCGAGAACGGCUACAAGAUGGAGGCACCAGGUGAUGAGUACUGAGAUAUGGCCCCUCUCCCAGCAGACCCCCCUCUCGUAAAUAAGUUGUUUCAUACUAUACUUUAACUUUUUACCAAGGCACAGGAAGCCUAAAUGAUGUCGGAGCUUCUUCAGUAGCUUUUCCUCCUAUUUGUCAAGAAUCUUUUGAAAUAUUCCACUUAAUAUCGUUGCACGCACAGUUGAUGCAUAGAAACUGAUUUGAUCUCACUAAAGUUGCAGCUGUCCUUGCAUUGCCCAACUAAUCCGUGCCACUAGAUGUUCUCAGAUUACCUUAACGGUCUUUUUUUUUUUCUUCUUUUUUCACUCGGCUUGGGAUGAACUGUAAAACACAAGCUCUAUUCGUUUUAGAUGGGUACAUUGUGUCGUCUUUUACUUCCAGAUUCAUAAAGCAGUUAGAUUGUAUGCGCAUUUGGAACCAAGUGACAAAUUUCUCCUCGAUGUAUGUGAAAUUGAAGGAAACGUAGUGUUGUGUGACAAUUGAGGGCUGUUCCGUUUAUUCAUUCUGGAAUAAAGUUUUUUUUUUUAAUUAUAUCUGCUGUCAUUUUAAUAAAGAUGUGGCUUAAAGACAGAGCUCCUCCAUAUUGUAUCCUCCUGA